AUGGCAGAGCAUGGAAACGUUAAAAUCAACACCGUGUUCAACGGGGAAUUCAUCGCAGGCGACAAGACUGCCGUGAAGACCAUCGCCACCAAGAACCGCGAGCUAUUGCCAACAACCGAUGUACAAGAAUGGUACACGAAGCAUGUGGUUGACGUCAUCCUGGCGUCUCUGGAGGAGUUUCAAGAACGCGACAGCGGAUGGGCGUUGUCACGUAUCUUGGACCUCACCAUCAACGUCAAAUUUAAUCCUCUACGCGCGGGAUGCCACAUUCAGUUACCGCGGAAAAUUAUGCUAAAAAGGGCAGUGGUCAACGUGCAAUCGACGGACAAUGCGUGUUUCGCGUGGGCAGUCGUCGCCGCUUUAUAUCCGACGAAAAGAAAUUCGGAAAGGACGAUAGAAUACCCACAUUACUCGACGGUGCUCAACCUGUGCGGCAUAGAGUUCCCCAUAACGCUUCCGCAAAUAUCAAAAUUCGAAAAACUGAACACCAUCUCCGUCAACGUUUUUACUAUGGAAGACUCCAAAAUCAUCCCUUUGCGCCUCGCCGACGACAAGAUGGAGAAGCACGUCAACAUUCUCUAUGUGCCUGGAAAUAACGAGGCACACUUUGUGUGCAUCAAGGAUCUGUCUCGGCUAGUGUUUACACUAUUUCGAACAAUUGAGAAAUUAUCGGCGCACAGCGUCGACUGCGGCAAGAUAAACGACUGCGCCAUCGUUCUCCCCAGCGAGGACAAGUGGCUGACGUUCCGCAACUACAACCGGAAGGAGCGGCUCCCGUUUGUUGUAUACGCCGAUCUCGAAUGUACGCUCGAGAAGAAGGAGGGACAAAACCGUACCACAUACGCCUACCAACAUCACAAUGUGUUUAGCCACUGCACAUUACCGGGAUACACGUGGGACGCCAUGUUGAAGCACACGGGCAUCAAGUUCGAGUUGCUCACAGACAUCGAUAUAGUGCUGUUUGUCGAGCGCGGUAUACGCGGUGGUCUCAGCCAAUGCUCCAACCAAUACGCCGCCGCCAACAACAAAUACAUGUCAUCGUACGAUCCAUCGAAAUCAUCAUCGUACUUAAUGUACUUUGAUGUAAACAACUUGUACGGCUGGGCAAUGUGUCAACCGUUGCCCUAUGCCGAUUUUCAGUGGGUCGAAAAUGUCGCGAGCUUUGAUGUAAUGUUCGUUGCAUCCGAGUCGGCUACAGGUUAUGUACUGGAAGUCAACCUUACGUAUCCGGUGAAUUUUCACGACGCGCAUUCCGACCUGCCGUUCUGCCCGACGCGCGAUAAGCCGCCCGGCAAGCGGGAGGUUAAGUUACUCGCUACGCUGUGCGAUAAGCAGCGAUACGUCAUUCACUACCGUAACCUGCAACAAUGUAUUCGACACGGGUUGCAGGUUACAAAGAUUCACCGCGUAUUGCAAUUCGCGCAAUCUCCAUGGCUUCGAGGAUACAUCGAACUAAAUACACAUUUUCGGACACGGGCGACAAACGAAUUCGAGAAAAAUUUAUACAAAUUAAUGAACAACGCGGUUUUCGGUAAAACCAUGGAGAAUGUGCGAAAUCACACGGAUGUACGGCUCGUUACACAGUGGGAGGGUCGGUACGGAGCGGAGGCUUUGAUCGCGAAACCGAAUUUCCAUAGUCGAAGCGUGUUCUCGGAGAAUCUAGUCGCCGUAGAGUUGCGAAAACUCGAAGUGAAAUUCAACAAGCCGAUCUACGUGGGUAUGUGUAUCCUCGACAUAUCCAAGACCUGCUUGUACGAGUUUCACUACGAGUACAUGGCGCCUCUCUACCGCGACAAUUGCAAAAUUAUGUAUACCGAUACCGACAGUCUGAUAUACUUUCUACAAUGCGAGAACGUAUAUCACGAUAUGAAACGCGAUAUUUCAAAAUUCGACACGAGCGACUACUCCGAGGACAACGUUUACGGUAUACCGCGCGCCAACAAGAAAGUACCCGGUCUGAUGAAAGAUGAGAACAACGGCGGAAUCAUGACGGAAUUUGUCGGACUGAGGGCGAAGAUGUACGCGUUGAGAGUCACCGGCCAAAAAGACACCAAAAAGGUCAAAGGUGUAAAAAAGAGUGUAGUCGCCAGAACUAUAACGUUUGACGAUUACACUCGGUGUCUCAACGACGAAAUCGAGCUAACGCGGCGUCAAUCGUGCAUCCGCUCAAAGAUGCACGAGGUGUACACCGUGUCGGAGUCGAAGCUCGCGCUCACAAAGACGAAAUUGAGGAUGGGUAUGACAAAGGGAAAGAAGAAGAAGACCAAGAGGAGAACGCUUUCGACGGCGAAACGCGGUGGUAUGUUACCGUUGUUACCGCUCUUGGGAGUCAUCGGUUCGCUUGCCGGUGGAGCAGCGGGUGUUGCAAAGGCGGUGAACGACUCCAAGGCCGCGCGACGACAACUCGAAGAGAUGAAACGUCACAAUAAAGCUAUGGAAGGACGGGGAAUUUAUCUCGCUCCGUACAAGCGGGGCAAAGGAUUGAAGAAGAAGAAGAAGAAGAAAAAAAAACGUCGAAAAAACGAUAGAGAUGCCCGCGGGUGCCACCACCAAUCUACAGUUGAACGAAUAGCGAAGCGUAUGCGAAUACCGUAUUUCCGAGGUGUCUACAUGCGUAACGCUUUACCCGACGAGAUACACCGAAACGCGAGCGGUAUCGUGAAUUUGGACGAUGUCGACGGACCGGGCACGCAUUGGGUGGCGUACGCCAAGAGAGGCGAUCGCGCCGUAUACUUUGACAGCUUUGGCAAUUUGCAACCGCCGAAGGAGCUUACACGCUACCUCGGAGACACCGAUACAACGAUAACGUACAAUCGCACGGUCCACCAGACGUACGAUCAAACGAUCUGUGGACAAUUGUGUCUCCUGUUCCUCCGACAUUUAAGAAUCGAUCAACCAUCGAUCGACAUCAGUCGUCGAUGGAAUCUCGGCAAUGUCGCUGACGCUCAUUCUAAGCGGUAA